GCCUGCCCCUGCCAUGGAGACCUUCUUUAGGAGACACUUCCAGCGGAAGGCGCCAGGCCCUGGAGAGGGGCAGAGGCGGCCCGGCGGCGUGGGGCUGCCCACAGGCAAGGCCCGGCGCCGCUCGCCUGCGGGGCAGGCCUCCUCCUCACUGGUCCAGCGGCGCCGUUCCAGCGCACAGCUCCAGGGCUGCCUCCUGGGCUGCGGGGUGGGGGCCCCGCGCUCCAGCCGCCGGCGCUCCAGCACUGCGCCCCCCGCCUGCAACCCCCGCUUCACCGUGGAUGAGGUGCCCGCCCUGCAGCCUGCCGCUGUUGGGGCCGCGCGUCUGGGCGCACCCCUGCUGUUGGCUGGGCUCUUGGGCAUGGAUGAGGAGGAGGGGGUCCAGGAGGAGGAUGUGACAGUUGCGUCGUUGGCGGCCACCCAGCCAGGCACCAAGAGACCGGGGUCAUCCCCGCAUCGGGGAGCCCUGCCCGUACUGCCCAUUCCCCGCUGGCGCCGGCGCCGAGCCUCCUCCCACCUGCUGCCCGCUGACGUGGUGAAAGACCGCGCCCUCUGGGGCCUGCACGGUUACUACCAGCCCCUCAGCCAGCAGCGGUCCUCAGGCCAGCACCGCAGCCUGGGGGGCCGAAGAGCCUCGGGCACCGCAGCUGGCCCCAGGAUGCCUGCCUGCAUGUACCCGCUGUCCCGCGGACGCCAGGUAGCCCUGCGGCGCAAGUCAGCCGGACCCCAGACCUGGAGUGCCCUGCUUGCGAAAGCCAUCACCAAGUCAGGCCUCCAGCACCUGGCACCCCCUCCUCCAGCUCCCGGGGCCCCGCGCAGUGAGCCUGAGCGGCAGAUCCGGAGCACUGUGGACUGGAGCGAGUCAGCGACGUAUGGGGAGCACAUCUGGUUUGAGACCAACGUGUCCGGGGACUUCUGCUAUGUUGGAGAGCAGUACUGUGUAGCCAAGAUGCUGAAAUCAGUGUCCCGGAGAAAGUGUGCAGCGUGCAAGAUUGUGGUGCACACCCCCUGCAUUGAACAGCUAGAGAAGAUAAAUUUCCGCUGUAAGCCAUCCUUCCGUGAAUCAGGCUCCAGGAACGUCCGUGAGCCAACCUUUGUGCGGCACCACUGGGUACACAGGCGACGCCAGGAUGGCAAGUGUCGGCACUGUGGGAAGGGCUUCCAGCAGAAGUUCACCUUCCACAGCAAGGAGAUCGUGGCCAUCAGCUGCUCCUGGUGCAAGCAAGCAUACCACAGCAAGGUGUCCUGCUUCAUGCUGCAGCAGAUCGAGGAGCCGUGCUCCCUGGGGGUCCACGCCGCCGUGGUCAUCCCACCCACCUGGAUCCUCCGUGCCCGCAGGCCCCAGAAUACCCUCAAGGCAAGCAAGAAGAAAAAGAGGGCAUCCUUCAAGAGGAAAUCUAGCAAGAAAGGGCCUGAGGAGGGCCGCUGGAGACCCUUCAUCAUCAGGCCCACCCCGUCCCCCCUCAUGAAGCCCCUGCUGGUGUUCGUGAACCCCAAGAGUGGGGGCAACCAGGGUGCCAAGAUCAUCCAGUCCUUCCUCUGGUAUCUCAAUCCCCGGCAAGUCUUUGACCUGAGCCAGGGAGGGCCCAAGGAGGCGCUGGAGAUGUACCGCCGGGUGCACAACCUGCGGAUCCUGGCCUGCGGGGGCGAUGGCACGGUCGGCUGGAUCCUCUCCACCCUGGACCAGCUGCGCUUAAAACCACCGCCGCCCGUCGCCAUCCUGCCCCUGGGCACCGGCAACGACUUGGCCCGCACCCUCAACUGGGGUGGGGGCUACACCGAUGAGCCCGUGUCCAAGAUCCUCUCCCACGUAGAGGAGGGCAACGUGGUGCAGCUGGACCGCUGGGACCUCCGUGCUGAGCCCAACCCCGAGGCGGGGCCUGAGGAGCGAGAUGAGGGGGCCACCGACCGGCUGCCGCUGGGCGUCUUCAACAACUACUUCAGCCUGGGCUUCGACGCCCACGUCACCCUGGAGUUUCACGAGUCUCGAGAGGCCAACCCAGAGAAAUUCAACAGCCGCUUUCGGAAUAAGAUGUUCUACGCCGGGACAGCCUUCUCCGACUUCCUGAUGGGCAGCUCCAAGGACUUGGCCAAGCACAUCCGCGUGGUGUGUGACGGGACUGACCUGACCCCCAAGAUUCAGGACCUGAAACCCCAGUGCAUUGUUUUCCUGAACAUCCCCAGGUACUGUGCGGGCACCAUGCCCUGGGGCCACCCUGGGGAGCACCAUGACUUCGAGCCCCAGCGGCACGAUGAUGGCUACCUCGAGGUUAUUGGCUUUACCAUGACAUCCCUGGCAGCACUGCAGGUGGGCGGGCACGGCGAGCGGCUGACACAGUGCCGAGAAGUGCUGCUCACCACGUCCAAGGCCAUCCCAGUGCAGGUGGAUGGUGAGCCCUGCAAGCUCGCAGCCUCAUGCAUCCGCAUCUCCCUGCGCAACCAGGCCACCAUGGUGCAGAAGGCCAAGCGGCGAAGCGCCGCCCCCCUGCACAGCGACCAGCAGCCGGUGCCGGAGCAGCUGCGGAUCCAGGUGAGCAGGGUCAGCAUGCACGACUACGAGGCCUUGCACUAUGACAAGGAGCAGCUCAAAGAGGCCUCCGUGCCGUUGGGCACCGUGGUGGUCCCAGGAGACAGCGACCUGGAGCUGUGCCGCGCCCACAUUGAGAGGCUCCGGCAGGAGCCCGAAGGUGCUGGAGCCAAGUCUCCGACGUGCCAGAAACUCUCCCCCAAGUGGUGCUUCCUGGAUGCCACCACUGCUAGCCGCUUCUACAGAAUCGACAGGGCCCAGGAACACCUCAACUACGUGACCGAGAUCGCACAGGAUGAGAUUUAUAUCCUGGACCCUGAGCUGCUGGGGGCGUCUGCCCGACCCGACCUCCCAACCCCCUCUUCCCCUCUCCCCCCCUCGCCCUGCUCACCCAGGCCCCGGUCACUGCCAGGGGAUGCUGCACCCCCUACAGGUGAAGAGCUGAUCGAGGCUGCCAAGAGGAACGAUUUCUGUAAGCUCCAGGAGCUGCACCGAGCCGGGGGUGACCUCAUGCACCGAGACGAGCGGAGCCGCACGCUCCUGCACCACGCCGUCAGCACCGGCAGCAAGGAAGUGGUCCGCUACCUGCUGGACCACGCCCCCACAGAGAUCCUUGAUGCUGUGGAGGAAAACGGGGAAACCUGUCUGCACCAGGCCGCAGCCCUGGGCCAGCGCACCAUCUGCCACUACAUCGUGGAGGCCGGGGCCUCUCUCAUGAAGACAGACCAUCAGGGCGACACUCCCCGGCAGCGGGCUGAGAGGGCUCAAGACACGGAACUGGCCGCGUACCUGGAGAACCGGCAGCACUACCAGAUGAUCCAGCGGGAGGACCAGGAGACGGCUGUGUGA